AUGGAGAACAUCAGCCCUAGCAUUGUGAUUGAAGAUGAUGAACCAGGCUAUGACUUGGACUUAUUUUGCAUCCCUAAACAUUAUGCUCAAGAUCUGGAAAAAAUAUUCAUUCCUCAUGGACUAAUCAUGGACAGGAUAGAAUGUUUAGCACGAGAUGUGAUGAAGGAGAUGGGAGGCCACCACAUGGUUGCCUUAUGUGUCCCCAAAGGUGGCUAUAAAUUCUUUACUGAUUUGCUGGAUCCGAUCAAGGCACUGAACAGGAAUGGUGAUCAAUCAAUUCCUAUGACUGUAGAUUUUAUCAGACUGAAGAGCUACCAUAAUGACCAAUCAACAGGGGACAUAAAAGUCAUUGGGGGAGAUGAUCUCUCAACUUUAAGUGGAAAGAAUGUCCUGAUUGUUAAAGAUAUAGUUGACACAGGGAAAACAAUGCAGACUUUGCUUUCCCUGAUCAAGCAGCAUAAACCAAAGAAGGUGAAAGUAGCCAGUUUGCUGGUGAAAAGGACCCCACUAAGUGUGGGAUACAGACCUGACUUUGUUGGAUUUGAAAUUCCAGACAAAUUUGUCGUUGGCUAUGCCCUGGACUACAACGAAUACUUCAGAGACUUAAACCAUAUCUGUGUCAUUAGCAAGACUGGCAAAGAAAAGUACAAAGCAUGA